AGAUGACUCUCGGGAAGAGGCCAUGGAGGAGAGGAUCGGAGAGACAUGGCAUGGAGGGGACGUCUCUCUCGAAAUCUGAAGGAGCUCAGGUUCCUCUACUGCCAGACUUCGCCCGCUAGCACCCAAACCCGGGAAUUUGUGCACAGGAAUUACAAAGAUCUGAAGACCCUAAAUCCCAAGCUUCCCAUCUUGAUCCGCGAAUGCAGCGGAGUUGAGCCUCAGCUGUGGGCGAGAUAUGACAUGGGUGUUGAGAGGUAUGUUCGUCUGGAUGGUUUGACAGAGGCUCAGAUUAACAAGAAACUCGAGGAACUUGUUCAAGCAGGAGAAGCACUGAAAGCUUGAUGGUUUUAAGUUUGUGUUGUAUUCGGCUGUUUGCAAAAACUAAUUUGAAAUAAAACAAACUGUCACCUUAGGGAACUAUCCCAAAGCAUGACCUAAAGCAAUGUUCCAUCUCUUAAUUUUGCUAAAGUUUGGUUUGAAUAUUCAAACUGAAUAUUUUUGAAAAAGCUUUCUGUUUGGCAA